GUGUCACUCCGCCGUUCCCACGGUAACAUGUCCUUGGCCCUGCCCCCUACGUGACGCCAUGUGUGCCGGCACGUCACGCACCGACCAGUCAUCGCGGUGUAUGCCGGGAACCUAGAGGCGGCCUGACGGAGCCCGGGACACCGAAUAGGGGAUUCCCCAGCCUGCGCUCUGCCCGUGACCGCCAAGGCACACGGGACAGAAGGGCGCACCGGGGCCGGCGCAGGAACUGACCGUGGGGUUCCCGCCUCCGCUCCACCUACCCCGGUAUACCCGGGGCCCCCCCACUCCCACCGGCCCCGGUACAUGGUACAAGGAACCGAGCUGACCCUGACACUGUUGCGGCCAGGCCCCGGGAGCACGCAGCAAGAUGAUGUGCGAAGUGAUGCCCACAAUCAGCGAGGCUGAGCUGCCUUCAGGGGGGGAUCGAGGCCAUGGUUCCGGCUCUCCCCAACAGACGGACUCGGACUCUCACUUUGAGCAACUUAUGGUUUCUAUGCUGGAAGAAAGAGACCGGCUACUGGAUACUCUACGAGAAACCCAGGAAACACUUGCGUUAAAUCAGGGUAAACUACAGGAGGCGACCCAUGAACGGGACUCAUUACAAAGGCAGCUCAACACCGCUUUGCCCCAGGAGUUUGCAGCACUUACUAAAGAGCUCAAUAUCUGCCGGGAGCAACUUCUGGAGCGGGAGGAAGAAAUCGCGGAGUUAAAGGCGGAGAGGAACAAUACCCGGCUACUCCUAGAGCAUCUGGAGUGUCUGGUGUCCCGGCACGAGCGCUCGCUCAGGAUGACCGUGGUGAAGAGACAAGCUCAGUCGCCUGCCGGAGUGUCGAGUGAAGUUGAAGUUUUAAAAGCACUAAAGUCUCUGUUUGAACAUCACAAAGCUUUAGAUGAAAAGGUAAGAGAACGGUUACGAGUCGCAUUAGAGAGAUGUAGCUUAUUGGAAGAAGAACUGGCAGUAACGCACAAAGAGCUGAUGAUUUCCCGAGAACAGAACAAUCAGAAGAAGAUCUAUAAUGAUGGGACAGUGGAUUCAAGCCACGAUCAGGAAAAUAUGCCCAGCACUAAUGGGAAGAGACUAUCUGACGGUUCAUUAAAUCACGACGAGGACCUAUCUAAAGUGAUUGAGCUCCAAGAUGUCAUCGAAAAACAAACAAAGGAGCAAAAUCAGAUGAAGGAGCGUCUGGCCGUCCUGUCUAACAGGGUCACGGAGUUGGAGGAAGAUCUGGACACGGCGAGGAAAGAUCUCAUCAAAUCCGAGGAGAUGAACACAAAGCUGGCACGGGACGUACGAGAGGCUAUGGCCCAGAAGGAAGACAUGGAGGAGAGGAUUACAACGCUUGAAAAACGCUACCUCGCUGCGCAGCGCGAAGCCACAUCUGUGCACGACCUCAACGAUAAACUUGAAAAUGAAAUUGCUAAUAAGGAAUCCGUACUUAGACAGAGUGAAGAGAAGAGCCGUCAGAUCCAGGAACGCCUGGAGCUAGCCGAGCAGAAGCUUCAGCAGACGAUACGGAAAGCAGAAACUCUGCCCGAGGUGGAAGCGGAGCUGGCGCAGAGGGUAGCCGCUCUCUCUAAGGCCGAGGAGAGACAUGGCAACAUUGAGGAGAGGUUACGUCAGAUGGAAUCGCGGCUGGAAGAGAAGAACCAGGAGCUACAGCGGGCCCGACAGAGGGAGAAGAUGAACGAAGAACACAAUAAGCGCCUGUCUGAAACGGUGGAUAAACUUCUGUCCGAGUCCAACGAGCGGCUGCAGCUUCAUCUGAAGGAGAGGAUGGCGUCUUUAGAAGAUAAGAAUGCUCUGAUAAGAGAUGUAGAAUCUGCAAAGAAGCUCAUUGAUGAAAUACAACAUGAGAAGGAGCAGCUACUUGUUGAAAUGGAAAACCUGAGAUCAGAAAAUGAGCAAGUCAGGAUACGUGCGGCUUCCCUACACCACAGCCGACCUCACUUAGGCAGUGUGCCGGACUUCCGAUACGCCCUCGCUCCUUCGUCGUUGUCUGAUGACCACACAGACUCCUACAGUUCUUCGCUGGUUCUGCGUCGACCUCAGAAAGGACGACUCGUAGCCUUGCGCGAUGAGCCCUCUAAGGUACAAACGCUCAAUGAGCAGGACUGGGAGCGAGCCCAGCAGGCCAGUGUACUGGCUAAUGUAGCCCAAGCGUUUGAGAGCGACGUGGAUGUUUCGGACAUGGAGGAUGAUCGAGACACCAUCUUCAGCUCCGUGGAUCUCCUUUCCCCGUGCGGCCAGGCUGAUGCUCAAACCCUCGCUGUGAUGUUGCAGGAACAGUUGGACGCAAUCAAUAAGGAAAUCAGAUUGAUACAAGAGGAGAAGGAGAACACAGAGCAGAGGGCGGAGGAGAUCGAGUCUCGGGUGGGCAGUGGGAGUUUAGAUAAUAUGGGCCGCUUCAGGUCAAUGACUUCUAUCCCCCCCUCUUUUACUGGAUCUUCCCUUGCUGGUUCCUCCCCGCCUGGUAGCGGCUGCUCUACUCCCAGAAGAAUCCCACAUAGCCCUGCCCGGGAAGUGGACAGGCUAGGUGUUAUGACCUUGCCUUCAUCAUCAGACUCUGUUCAUAUAUCCAGCACCCCCCUCAGCAAUACCAUUUCCUGCCCCGAUUCCUCUCCGCUGUCCCAGCCUCCAGGUACUAGAGAUGAUUCCAGAGAUGACAAGACUACAAUACGGUGCGAGACCUCUCCUCCUGCCUCACCCCGGUCCUUGCGCUUAGGAGUUCAUAAAGGGGCAUUGCACACGAUGAGUCACGAGGACAUCCGAGACAUUAGAAAUUCCACAGGCUCGCAGGAUGGGCAGGUGAGCAAUCCCAGCAGUAGUAACAGCAGCCAGGACUCCCUAAACAAAGCCCAAAAGAAGAAAGGAAUCAAGUCGUCCAUCGGCCGCUUGUUUGGUAAAAAAGAAAAAGGUCGUCCUGGUCUUUUGGGGAAGGAGUCACUCGGACCAGGUGGAAUUCCAGAAUUAGAAAGUACAUCCCAGGAAUCCCUUGGGCUUGCCAAGCUGCCGGGUCAAACGGAGAAGAACCGAAAGCUCCAGAAAAAGCAUGAGUUGCUGGAGGAAGCGCGGAGACAAGGCCUGCCAUUUGCACAGUGGGAUGGUCCUACUGUGGUUGUAUGGUUAGAGCUCUGGGUUGGGAUGCCUGCAUGGUACGUGGCUGCCUGUCGGGCCAAUGUGAAAAGUGGGGCUAUAAUGUCGGCUCUGUCUGACACAGAAAUCCAGAGAGAAAUUGGGAUUAGUAACCCUUUGCACAGGCUAAAGCUACGGCUUGCCAUCCAGGAGAUUAUGUCCUUGACCAGUCCUUCUGCACCUCCCACGUCAAGAACGUCCACGGGAAAUGUCUGGGUUACACAUGAAGAAAUGGAAACUCUUACAGCCUCUCCACAAACGGACGAUGAGGAGGGGAGCUGGGCUCAGACCUUAGCAUAUGGCGACAUGAACCACGAGUGGAUUGGCAAUGAGUGGCUGCCCAGCUUAGGUCUGCCGCAGUACCGCAGUUACUUCAUGGAGUGCCUUGUUGAUGCCAGAAUGCUUGAUCAUUUGACGAAAAAGGACCUCCGUGGGCAGCUAAAAAUGGUGGACAGUUUCCACAGGAACAGUUUCCAGUGUGGCAUCAUGUGCUUACGGAGGCUGAACUACGACCGGAAAGAUCUGGAGAGGAAGAGGGAUGAAAGUCAGAAUGAGAUUAAAGAUGCUAUUGUAUGGAGUAAUGACCGAGUUAUCCACUGGAUAUUAUCCAUUGGGCUUAAAGAAUAUGCAAAUAAUCUUCUUGAAAGUGGUGUUCACGGUGCUCUGAUUGCCUUAGAUGAGACUUUUGACCACAACACUCUGGCCCUGCUGCUACAGAUUCCCACUCAGAAUACACAGGCACGUGCAAUGUUGGAGCGGGAAUUCAACAACCUUCUUAUAAGAGGAACAGACAGAAGAUUUGAUGAUGAUGACGAUAAAAACUUUAGACGGGCCCCAUCGUGGAGAAAGAAAUUCCGACCAAAGGAUGUGCGAGGACUGAGUGCCGGCUCCGCAGAGACGCUACCCGCCAACUUCAGAGUCAACUCCUCAAUGUCUUCACCUUCUAUGCAGCCAAAGAAAAUGCAGAUGGAUGGCAAUGUGUCUGGAAUACAAAGACUGGAUUCAGCUACAAUUAGGACAUACUCCUGCUAACGCUGUCUUGUUGUCUAUCCACAUUACUUCUACAGAUGAAUAUGCAAUAGUUGAAUCCACCUUGAUUCCACAUUUCCAGACCUGGCCGAGUUUUCCUUCGUACGAAACAAGCUGUUCAGACACUUUGAGAUAUUUUAAUACAGAGUUUUUAAAUAAUGAGUAAAAUUAUAGAUAGAACAAAUAUUUUAGAAUUUUACCGUUUGUUAUAUUUCUGUUCACCUCUGUGGAAAACUUCUACGUAGCUCAUUUUCAUGUGUAUUCAGUCCUUUUGUAUCCUUGCUCCUCCUUCUAUUUGUAAGUCGCUGUUUUUUUGUUUUUUUUUUGUUUUUUCCCUCCCCUCUAUUGAAUGUACUGUAACUCUGCUCAAGUCCCCGACGAUCACCCAGGGGGCUUUGUAAAUGAUUCUAGUAUUGUAAUUUAUGGGUAUUUUUCAUAAUGAACCUGAGAGGAGAGAAAAAAAAGUUGUUUUUAUUGUGUUUGUACAGUCUUAGAACAUCAUGAAAGUGCAUUUUGUCACAGGUGUUAACUGGUGCAACAUUACAAGCGCGCCCAGGAUUCAGCAAUCCUUAGAAUGCAAUUACGGAAUCUAAGCCAAGGUUGUUCUUUAAUAACCUGGUUGUACUUGGAAAUUAUGAGGGCGUUUAACUAUGUUUCGUUUGUCGGGGGCUUGGUGACCUGUUAUAACUUUACAUUUUUAUGUCGUUAUAUUUAAAACAAUUUAGAAAAGCCAUAAACAGCAUUUUCUAAAAAAAAAAUCAAGGGGGAUAUUCAUUUUGUAAAGUGUUUCCUGACCUCUCCUGCUUGGCUCCCAGGACAUUGAACAAUAUGACGCUGGCCUUUGCAGUAGUUCAGGGAAAUCAGUAAGGACCAAUCACAACUCUCCAGACAGACAGGUGACCUAGGUUGCCGCUGCGCAGCCUGUUUUAUACGAAAGGCCUUAUCUUCUUUGUCUUCUUUUUUCUUUUUCUGUAUUUUCCUCUUACUCCAUGUUGUGUUUGUACCCGAAGGAAGUGAUCAGGACAUGUGUAAUGCAUAAUCCUGUUGAUUUUAUUAUUAUUUUUUUUUUUUGUCUUGAACAUUAUGUUGGCAAAAAAAAAAAAAGAAUUGCUACAAAUCAGUUCUGUUUCAAAUAAUGAUGUAUUAUUUAUUGCAGUUGACGUUAUAUAUACUGUCUGUUAUUGUUUAAACUUUUACUUUUUUCAUGUAUAAAUUUGGAUUCCUUGUUACAGUUUUUUUUUUUUUUGUUUUCUAAUCCUGUUUUGUGUACUUGCUGAUUAUGUAACAAUAUAUGUACAGUCGAUGUACUUUUGGACUAUUUUUAUCACAGUAUUAUUUAUUGCUUUCUUUCAAUAAAAUACUGAAGCAUUUUCC